ACGCGAAUAGCCUCGAACUCAUAUCAAACUGACUACAACCGAUUGCGAUGUGUUAAUUGUAUCACGUUCGAGAUUUUAGUUAAUAAAAAUGUCGACGACGGAAUCGACAGUUGUUAAUGCUCGCCGUAAAGCUCUAUCUUCGGCUGUUUGUUGUAUGUGUUUCGAAGCUGGAUUCAGUUCGAUAGAUAAAGCGGCGUUGGAGACGUUAACAGAAAUGAUGCAGAGUUUGUUAACAGAAAUUGCAAGAAGCAGUAGAGGAUUUUGUGAAUUGUCUGGAAGAGUGCAGCCAUUAGUUGGAGAUGUUGUUAUGGCUUUAGUUGAAUUAGGAAUUGAUGUUGAAGCAAUACCACCAUAUGCAAAGAGAUCAAACAGAUUAACUUUACCAUUAUCGCCCAAUCCUCAGAAAAUGACGACAACAAAAAUUCUUCAGGCCGGAGAGAAGCGUGCACAUCCUAGUUACAUUCCCGAACAUUAUCCUCAGUUUCCUGAUCCACAUGCAUACAUCAGAACUCCAACACACAAACAACCUGUUACAGAAUACGAGGCAAUCCGAGAAAAGGCAGCCAGUCAAAAAAGAGACGUAGAAAGAGCACUUACAAGAUUUGUAGCAAAGACUGGAGCUACUCAGUCUCUAUUUCCUGAUGACACUACUUUAUUUCCAUUGAUUGCCUGCAAGCCUGCACCUAACAGUUAUUUAAAUGCUUUACUGCCAAAAGAUCAGAUUUUUGAAGAAGAAGAAGAAAAAACUGAGACCAAAACUAAGGAAGAUCAGCAACAACCUGCAGAUCAGACAAAUCAAAAAGCAGAUAACAGUGAUAUUGAUAUUAUGGAUAAUCCCUACUUAAGACCAGUAAAAAUGCCAAGAAAGAGAAAAAGAUGAACACUGUAAAUUGUGUAAUAAAUUUUUGUAUUUUAA